GCCUGAGGCCACCAAAGGCAUCCAACUCGGAGCUUGCGCUUCGGAAUCUAGAAACCUUCAAUUGAUCACAUCCCCGAGCUGCCCCCCCAUAACCACCUUCAUCAACCCAUACAAACAACCGCCAAAAUGGUCUUCGCCUGGAAAGCCGCCGGUCUCACCUACAACCGCUACCUCGCCGUCGCUUCGCGCGUCGUGCGCCGCAGCCUGAAGGAGGACAAGAGAAUCAUCGCCGAGCGCCGCGGAGGGACUGAGCUCCGUUUCGCCAAGUGGGAGAACGGCAAGCAGAGCGAGCCCAAGCUCCUGUCGCAGGCCACCGUCAACGUCCCUCCUCCGUCUUCGUAAACGACUCGACUUUUUCGCCCAAGACUUGAUUGUAUGAGACGGGGAAGGAGAUGAUGCAUCCAUUGGAGGCUAUCGAGGGAUAGAUGGGAAUCGGAGGGGGAGGAAGUGAAUACACAUGCCCCCUUCCGAGAACCCGCCGGCUCCUAGGCAGUGAGCUGCUGUAACAUAUCAAAAGUGGCAUAAUCUAUCAAUUCGAAGUGCCGUCCUAGACCGAUGUUCAUUUGAAACGUGCUGGGUGGGUGGGGAAUGAACGAAUGAAUGACCUUGCAAUGUUGCGAUGGCGGC